AUGACCAGAAGUGGUUUCUUGGAUACAGGACUGGUUAUCUGUGUUAGACCGUGUUUAUCAGAUGAAGCUUGUUCUUAUAAAGAUGCCAAAGGAAAGCGUAUCAAUGAUGCACAAGUGAUUUGUCCAGCAAAAAGACUUCUCACAAGAAAACGAGGACAAACUUACAAUAUUUAUGUUGUUUUGCAAAAGCUACAAACUGUUGAUAUUGAAAGCUUAUUUAAAACGCCUGGUGUGCAGUUUUCUGUGGUUUUACCGGCACCAAGUGCGGUAUCAGCAGUCUUAGAUAAAUAUGGAUGUCCAAAGCUUAUAGUAACAUUCAGUACAAAAGUAAUCGGUACAUCUGGCGAUUCAUGUGGGGACUACUUUACGGCACCAACACUUAUUGAUGACGAGGACAAGUGCCUUCUACUAAAAGGAAGUAACAGAAUGCUUAUAGAAUUUAAGACACCUAUAGAAGCAGGAGGGGAUCUCAUCUUUAAGCCAGGAGUAAUUUCAAGUGCAGCUGAACAUCACACGGACGAUCAACUUGUUGAAAAACUGACAGGCUCUGUCACAGUGACAAAUGAUGAUACAGAAGAAAAGGGGAAGCCCAUUGUAAAGAUUGACUCUCAGACAAUGAAGAAAGUUGGCUGCUCUCCUGUAACAGUGAAGCUAAAAAUUAGAAAUCUUGGAUGCUGGGAUAUUGUUGUCAAUUGGAUAGUGUCAGCGACUGGCGCGGAUGCAGCACAUGUCACUUCUUUACAAGAGAAGUUAGGUACAUCAACAAGUUUCACAAUCACGGGAAGCGACCUGCAAGAGGGUGUACCCUAUAUUUUUACCGCUAAGUGGACGGCAGGAAAGUACAGUGGAGAAGAUUCGACUACAAUCAUAAAAGACUCGGAUUCGACGGCAGCUGUAAAAAUACGUGGAAUUAUGGAAGAUGAUACUGAUAUAAAUGAAGCUUUAGUUAUCAAAGCUAAGCUUAGUCUUUGUGACGGUGAUAAAUCCAUCCCAGCCAUAACCUGGUCGCUAACUCCUCCUGACUAUAGUUUAGAGCCGAAAUUUAAGACAUUUAUACCAAAGGGACAGCUUAAACCACGCACGCAAUAUAACCUCACUUGCAAAGUGACAAGAGAUGGUGCCAGUGAAAUUAAUAGAUUUGUUGCAUUCAAAACCAGACCCCUUCCAAUUAAACCACUGAUUGAGACAAUCACUGGGCGCCCUACUUAUGACGACACAGUCACGUUGACAUGUUCCGACAUAUUUGAUACGGCAGCUGAUAAAAGUGAUUAUGAAUAUUCAUGGAGCUGUAAUGAUAACGUUAUCACAGGUACAGAAGAUGAAAAUGAUUUUAGACCAUGCUUUGAAUACUCCGACGCUGACAAGAAGUAUAUUCCAAUUGAAAGAUCUGGACAUACAAUUUCGUUGGGAAAAUCUGACAGGAUGCAGCCUAGAAAUGGACUUAACCUCAUACAAAUAUGGACUUGUGAAAUGAGGCGAAAAUCGGAAAUGGACUUAAUAUACCGCUCUAGUCAGAAGCUUGAGUUUUCAGAAGAAUUGAUCCAGCUUCAGGUCCCAGAAAUUGACAGUAAAACACCAGAGAUGAUAUAUCUAUCAGAGGAUGACAGUUUUGUUGUUAAGAUACAUGCAAAGGUUAGAAAAGGCACAGGUUGCAAAUGGUGGACCAAUGAUAUGGACGAUCGCUCAGAAGCAUCAGAAAACAUUCUACUUGAUCCUACAAAUUUUCGAAUCAGUGGCCGUUUGGGAAAAGAAAAUAUCAAAUACAGUGAGACGUCAUAUGAGAUGUGCCACAUAAAGCUAAAUUUACACGAUGCCAACCUGAUUCCAGCACAACGUUAUGUUUUGAAACUAUUUGCUUACAAUAAAGAUAGUAAAUUCUUAGUACUGAAUUCUCGAGAAUUCAAAGUAAUGGUUGUGCCGCAUCCCAAACCUGGAAUAAUCAAGAUUGAAGCAGAUGAUGAUACCAUUAUUGCUCUGAAAACAAAAGUGAGAAUUCUUUUAUCUGGCUGGCAAGAUGACCUGAAUGAUGCUGCACUUCAAUGUAAUUUUUAUUACACGAAUCUGGACAGCCAAGUGAAACAGAUCAGGAGAAUGAAUACAGUACCAAUAAACAUUGAUGAGCAGAAAGAAACUACGCUCUCCGAGGGUAGAAAUAAAAUUGAGGUGGAAUGUUGCAAUAUCUUCAAUAAAUGUUCGCGAAAAGAAGCUGACGAAAUUAUUACAGCAGACCCCAUUGACCAGGAAGAAGUUUUGAAUGUGAUUAGUACCACAUUGCCUCAAUUAUUGAGUUUAGAUACUGAAGGGGUUUUAUCCUUUGUUGCGGAAUUAAAGAAAUCAAUGAAAAAGAAGGUUGUCGAUGUCGUCAAGAAAGAAAACGCUGAAAAGAGUCUUAAACAAGCUAUGCAGAAAGCCAUCAAACGAGCGUUUGAAACUGCUAGAGACAUUACCUCGAAACUAUCGGCACUCCAGCAGACUGUUGAUGUUGUAGAUUCACCUGCGGAUUUAGAUGAAGGUGCUAAAGAGGAUGUAAAACAGAAUGUUAAGGCCAUUCUUGAAGAAGCAGUUGGAACUGAUAAAAGAAGAAAAAAGCGAUCAACGACUGAAACUUCUAAACCCAAGGGACUUACAGCAUCUGCAGCUAGCAUUGGAUUGAAAGCAUUAGAUUCGCUUAUAAGUAAAGAGACUAUUACACAAGAAGACGCUAACUUUUUCAAGACCGUAGUUGAUGAAGUCAUGGUGGCAAUGUGUAUCAAUUUUACUGGUUCCGAACCCUGGUUGGCUCCGGCUGAGCUCUCGUAUGUCAGGUUACAUAAAACUAAUCUAGACGGAUAUGCGUCAAUUCAAUCCGACGUCAGCUGUUCCACGUGCCCUGAAGUUGAUUAUCCAGCUAAGGUAAAUUACGGAAGCUAUUUAGAAUCAUAUUUCAAUGAUUCGUGGCAGUGUACUUUUUACGACAAAUGCAUAGAUGUGUGCGUUGCUACAGCACAGAUAAAUAUAGACUAUGUGUCCUUCACAGCUAAAACGGAAGUUGUUGCACCAACUAGGAGAAGCGACAUUAUUAUCCUGAAAAUGAUAAGUCCAGAAAAUUAUGCUGUUGAAGAACUGACUAGUCUUUCUACGCCUAUCGAAGCUACCUUAACUAUAAAUGGUACCAUGGAUAUGGACAAAUACGACUAUAAGUGUCUAAUGUGGGUGUCUGACAAUUGGUCUGAUCAACAGUGCAAUAUCACAAUCCCAUCUAUUGACCUAACUGCGUCACAACACACCGCCGUUUGUACCUGUAACGCUCUUGGUAUAAUCAGUAUUUUCCAAGAGGUGAAACAAGAGCAGGUUGUAACAACCACAACACAAUCCACGACUACUAUCACUACCACCGUUGUCAGUUCCUCAAAGGAUACCAAUACAGUAUCAAGCACAAACACCCCACCACCGUCAAAACAAAUGAAAGACAGCACGACAUCGGUGAAAGUCGAGUUCACAUUUGUAGAUGAUUACGAUACAGCUGUUGGUAAUUCAGUGUCAGCCUUCAAUAACAAGGUCAAAGAAGACAUCGUUACUGGUACAGGAAUCAACAGCAACUGCAUCAAGAAUUUCAAAUCAGAAAAAGGUUCCAUUGUUAUAUCGUUUGAGCUGCAACAAGCUGGAUCCAGUCUUACCCUCGGGCAGAUCGUUUACAAGGUGGAAAAUGCUAUAAAAACAGACGCUAUAACUUUCACGACACCUAGCGGAGGGUCUCUUUCCAUCAAAGCCGGAAGUUUCGGAUAUGAUGAAGUUGAGGAUGAUGAUGACGACAAAGAAGAUGGCGACGGGAAUGAGUCAGGAAAUCUGCCAAUCAUAAUUGGAGCAGCUCUCGGUGGACUGGUUAUCGUCUGCGUCACAAUUAUUGUUAUACUGCUCGUUUUGAAGAGCAAAAAGAAGAGAACACAUCCAACUCGCAGCGUUUCUGAUGGUCCGACGCCGAGAUAUGCCACACCUCCACCAACGUACUCUGUGACACAGCCACCACCACCAUAUCUGUACGAGGAUCCACCAAAAGUGAACAAAUGGAUCGAAGAUGAACUGAAUGAGACAAAACUGCCGCUUGAUAACCAGCGACCACCAAGUUCCGGGAGUGGUGGAAGUGGAUCCUCAUAUGAGCUGAAGUUAAAGAAGAAAGGACGUGAAUGUGGACCUACUCCGGUCGGCGAGUAG